AUGAUGUCCAUCAUAACAGAAGCCACUGAGCAAGCAUCUGCAAAUGUGGAAGAAGUCAGCAUGAUAUCUUUUCUUGACAUCUUCAUCAUCAGUACGUUGCUGGGACUUGCAGUGUAUUAUCUCUUCUGGCGGAAAGAAGAAGAAAAGAUCACCAUCAAAAGGCUGGAUGUCUCACAUAUUUCCAGAGCUACAGAUUCCAGUCUCAUUGGAAAAAUGAAAUCUUCGGGAAAAAACGUUGUCGUGUUUUAUGGUUCCCAAACCGGCACUGCUGAAGAAUUUGCUUGUCGUCUCUCCAAAGACUGUCAGCGUUAUGGGAUGAAAGGAAUAGCAAUGGAUCCAGAAGAAUGUAAUAUGGAGGAUUUAUCCAACUUUUCCGAGAUAGAGAACUCUCUAGCCAUAUUCUGUAUGGCUACAUAUGGAGAAGGGGAUCCGACCGACAAUGCUCAGGAAUUUUACAACAUUCUACAAACUGGAGAGAUUGACCUAACUGGCCUAAAAUAUGCUGUGUUUGGCCUUGGCAAUAAAACUUAUGAGCAUUACCAGUCAAUGGGAAUUUAUGUAGACAAACGUCUUGAAGAACUGGGAGGAACUAGAAUUUUUGAAUUAGGAAUGGGAGAUGAUGAUGCUAACAUUGAAGAAGAUUUCUUAAGUUGGAGAGAGAAAUUUUGGCCAGCAGUAUGUGAACAUUUUAAUAUUCAGGCAGUUGGGGAUGAUAUUAGUAUACGUCAAUACACGCUAACUGUCCAUGAUGAUCUUGCUGCUGACCAAUAUUUCCAUGGAGAAAUGAGUCGACUUGGUUCCUAUAAGCUGCAGAAACCACCUUAUGAUGCUAAAAACCCAUUCUUGGCACCUGUUGUUGUCCACAAAGAAUUGCACAAAAACAACAGUGAUCGUUCUUGUAUGCAUAUUGAAUUUGACAUUAGCGAUUCCAAAAUCCGGUAUGAUGCUGGUGAUCAUGUUGCAGUCUUCCCAAGCAAUAAUCCUGACUUUGUUGAACGAAUUGGAAAACUUUUAGAAAUCGAUCUUGAUACUGUGUUCACCUUGAAUAAUGUUGAUGUUGAAGCCAAUAAAAAGCAUCCUUUCCCGUGCCCUACAACAUAUCGUGUGGCUUUGACUCAUUAUGUUGACAUUAUGAACCCCCUGAAAAGUCACGUCCUGAAAGAACUCUCAGAUUAUGCCAAAGAACCAAAAGAUAAAGAAUUUAUGGAAAAGAUUUCAUCCACUUCUGCUGAAGGAAAGCAAUUAUACAAUGAGUGGAUAGUAAAAGAUCAUAGGAACAUUGUCGCUAUCUUAGAGGACAUUCACUCUCUGAAGCCGGCUCCGGAUCAUUUGUGUGAAUUGCUGCCCAGACUCCAGGCUCGUUACUAUUCUAUCUCCUCAUCAGCAAAGGUGCACCCCACCAAAAUCCAUAUCACUGCAGUUCUUGUUGAUUAUGUCACACCUACAGGUCGACCAACAAAAGGCGUGGCCACAGGUUUUCUUUCACUUCAGAAACCAUCCAAUGAUAAUGCAAGAGUCCCCAUAUAUGUCCGUAAAUCCCAAUUCCGUCUCCCAUUUAAACCCUCCACACCAGUCAUCAUGGUGGGUCCCGGGACUGGUAUAGCACCUUUCCGUGGAUUUAUUCAAGAACGAGAUUACCUCAAAAAGCAAGAAAAGGUUGUUGGUGACACAAUUCUCUAUUUUGGCUGUCGACAUAAGGAACAGGAUUUUCUCUACCAUGAGGAACUGGAUGAAUAUUGCAAUAACAAAACGCUGACUAAACUGCAUGUAGCUUUCUCUCGUGACACGGACAAAAAAGUCUACGUCCAGCAUCUAUUGAAAGAAAAUAAAGACGAAGUGUGGCAAGUGAUUGAAUCUGGUGGUCACUUUUAUAUUUGUGGUGAUGCCACACGAAUGGCUCGUGAUGUAAAUGAAACGCUGCUGUCAAUAAUAAUGGAAUGUGGUAAAUUUACUGAUAAAAGUUAUGCAGCUGAUUAUAUAAAGAAAAUGCAGGCCCGAGGACGCUACUCUUGGGAUGUUAAACACUUCUAUAUUCCCUUCUUUCUUUCUUUCUUUCUUUCUUUCUUUCUUUCUUUCUUUCUUUCUUUCUUUCUGUCUUUCAUUUUCUUAGUGAAACCAAGAGAUGUUAAACACUUCUUUCUUUCUUUCUUUCUUUCUUUCUUUCUUUCUUUCUUUCUUUCUUUCUUUCUUUCUUUCUUUCUUUGCCAAAUCCUCUUUAUCUCAGCAUACUCACUAUCUAUCUAUCUAUCUAUCUAUAUAUAUAUAUUUAUAUCAGUCUACUCAUUAUCUAUCUAUCUAUCUAUCUAUCUAUCUCACUCUACUCAUUAUCUAUCAGUUUAUCUAUCUCAGCUCUACUAUCUAUCUAUCUAUCUAUCUAUCUAUCUAUCUAUCUAUCUAUUGGCUGGAGUAAGCAGCAGCAGCAGCCUCCUCCUUCUCCUCCUCCUCCUCCUCUUCUUCUUCUUCUUCUUUUUCUUCUUCUUCUUCUUCUUCUCUGCUCUUUCGUUUAUCAUUUCUAUUUUGCGUUUUUCUUCUUUUUCGAAUCCCUCCUACUCCUCUUCAAAAUCUUUCUUCAGUCUCUUCAUCGAUGCUUUUUCUUCUAAUGCUCUUUCCCCUUCUUCCUUUUUUCUAAUUCGUUUUCUUCUUCUUCGUCUUCUUCUUCUAAUACAUUUUCUUCUUCUUAUACGUUUGUUUUUUCUUCUUCCUCUAAUACGUUUUCUUUUUUCUUCUUCUUCUUCUUCUAAUACGUUUUCUUUUUCUUCCUCUUUAAUUUGUUUCUUUCUUUCUGUCUUUCUUUCUUAUUUCUUCGUUGCCCCCUCCUUAUUUGCUUUCUUAAUUUUCAUUUUCCUUUACAUAUCUUUCCUUCUUUGCUUUCACUCACUUUAUAAAACUCAGCCUUUAUGCUUUCCUAUCACUUUCUUCCUUUCUCCUUACAACAUCGACUCAAAUAGAUUAGGAAGUUGUUCUCGAAAAUAUUAG